ACGCUGGUGACGUGACGUAUAAGAGACUUUUUAAAGUUCACAACAUCCUUAUUUUAUCUUCAUCCUCACACGUAAACUCGUGUAAUUUAUUAACGGAUUUAUAACCAUGGAUCAGCAUCAGCAAGCGUAUGAACAUUUGGUUGAAGAGCAAGGAGUACCACAACAGCAACUCACAGAUGGAGAUGACCCUUUAAACAGAAAACCCUAUCACGAUGAAGUGCCGAUGAUUACAAGAGGUCCUCCACAAACAAACAGUCUUCCACUGGUUACCAUACCAAAUGUUAGUCCUUCAAUGGUUAUCACAGAGCCUGUGCCUCCAGAUCACUUGCCAUUGGCCAUCUUCACAACGAUUUGUUGCUUCUGGCCAUUAGGUAUAUUUGCAAUACUCAGAGCUAGAGAUGUUCAUAAAAAGGCAUGGCAGGGAAAUAUGGAAGGAGCUCGAGAGGCUUCACGAAGAUCCAGGCUGUUCUCACUAAUCGCCUUGGUGAUUGGUAUCUCAAUACAUGUUGUAUGUAUCAUUGUUAUAAUUAUAAGUAUAACAAGGAACAUCCAGUUUGCUAAAGAUGCUGCUAAUUUAUACACACCAAAUGAUUCAUCUGAUGAAGAUACACAGAGUUCUUGGAAUUAGUGUACUUAGAUUUCAUGGUGUACCUAAACAGUUGUCCAACUAUUACUGCCGCUUAGAUUGUACUUAGAUUUCACAAAGUACUUUAUAAUAAACAGUUGUCUAACUACUACUGCC